UGACAACGACAAGUGUGAACUGACAAGUGCCACUGCCGAGGCCGAUUGCUAUAAUUUUAAUUAUUCGCAAAAUAUCAAAAUUUUUGCCAUUUGCUAAUCGUUUGCCACUUACAUUCUGCUUUUAAAGUUUUGUAAUUUGCUUUUUAUCAAAGCAUAAGCAUGCAGAAAUAUGAAAAGCUUGAAAAAAUUGGCGAAGGAACCUAUGGGACUGUAUUUAAGGCCAAAAAUAAAGAAACUCACGAAAUAGUUGCAUUGAAAAGAGUCCGACUAGAUGAUGACGACGAGGGGGUUCCGUCAUCAGCAUUGCGGGAAAUAUGCCUCCUUAAAGAACUAAAACACAAAAAUAUCGUAAGAUUAUAUGAUGUGUUACAUAGUGAAAAAAAAUUGACCCUAGUUUUUGAGCAUUGUGAUCAAGACUUGAAGAAAUAUUUUGAUAGUCUGAAUGGUGAAAUAGAUUUAGAUGUGGUGAAGUCAUUCAUGUAUCAGUUGCUUAGAGGGCUUGCUUUUUGCCAUAGUCAUAAUGUUUUGCAUAGGGACCUUAAGCCACAGAAUUUACUCAUCAACAAAAAUGGCGAACUUAAAUUAGCCGAUUUUGGAUUGGCUAGGGCUUUUGGUAUUCCAGUAAAGUGUUAUUCGGCCGAAGUAGUAACUCUAUGGUAUCGCCCUCCUGAUGUGUUGUUUGGGGCCAAAUUGUAUACAACAAGUAUAGAUAUGUGGUCUGCUGGUUGCAUUUUUGCAGAGCUAGCUAACUCUGGUAGACCAUUAUUCCCAGGGUCAGAUGUUGAUGAUCAAUUAAAAAGAAUUUUUAAACUGCUUGGUACACCAAAUGAGGAAACCUGGCCUGGUGUAACACAACUACCAGACUACAAGCCACUGCCAGUAUAUCAACCAAGCUUGGGGCUAGCCCAAGUGGUGCCAAGACUGUCUGCUAGGGGUAGAGAUCUCCUUGCUCGUCUAUUGACUUGCAACCCAGCUUUAAGAAUGCCAGCUGAUGAUGCAAUGGCUCAUGCGUACUUCCACGACCUCAAUCCAUCUGUGAAGAAUGACAGAUGUUAACAAUCAAUACACCCUUACAGGUGUACAUCAGAACUAUUGUUUAGUGUAAAAAAUACAAAUGUGGAUGAGGAAAACGAAGUCCAGGAGUGCUGUGAUGAUCAGGCAUGAACUGCUUUUUAUAAAUUAAGUUUUACUGUAGUAAUGUGACAUUUUUUAUAAUAACAGUGUUAAUUCAUCUAUUUAAGUGUUAAUUGCAGUAUGAUAGUCAUUUGUUUAAUAUACCUAGUGAUUAAAUGUGACAUAAAGUAAUAAGAUAAUAUUUAUUCUUGUAACAAGUUAAGUUGCUGUUUAUUGAUCUCAUAGGAUAACUUAUUUAUAAGAAAUAAAAACAGGAAUGUAUUUUGAAAUUGGAAUACAAAUAUUGUAAAAAUAUUAAGUGUAAGUGUAAUAAAAUAGUUUGAUUUUA